AUGGAAAAGCAGAAAGGGAGGAGUCGGCAACUGAAGGAUACGGGCAGUGCAGUUACGGAGGACCUCACUUGGGACGAGGUGAACUGCUCCGUCCUCGGGAGCAACAUUCGUCUCUUGUACUACAUGGGCCUGUGGCCGCUGGGGAGUUCCCGGGCCUACCACGCCUACACGGCGUUCAGCCUCAGCUUCAGCGCCGCCGCCAUAGUGAUGAAAGUGGUCGGGGCCUGUUACAACCUGAGCGACAUCGACCAGGUGACGGGGGCGCUGAGCACCAUCCUGCCGAUGAGCGGCGGACUCGCCAACGGGCUGUUCCUCAUGAGGCGGCGGUCCGCCAUCUGCCGCAUGGUACGCUCCAUCGACCGCCUGGUGGCCCAGCAGCGCCGCUACUUCGAGCGCGACGAGCGGAUGGCGGCCGUCGUGGGUCGCGCCCAGAGGAAGACCCUGCUGGUGACGCUGGCGGUCUCGGGCUACCUGUUCGCGAUCGCCGGCUACUGGAUCUUCAUCGCGUUCCUCGAGCCCCCCAGCAAGAGGAUCAUGCCGUUCGUCCAGCUGCCCUGGAUGGCCACUUCGGGGCUCGGCCUCUUCUGGUUCACGUUCGCCCUGCAGCUCUACACGGCUCCCUUCUGCAGCUACACCACUCUCUUCGUGGAGUUCUUCUACCUCGCAGUCAUGCUGCACCUUUCCGCCCAGUUCAAGGUCCUCGGCAGCCGCUUUGCGAGCCUAGGACGGUCCCCGGCAUCCAAAGCUAAGGCUGGGACAGAGUCGGAUCUGGCGACAGCGGACUCCAAUGCGGUGUACGACGAACUGCGUCUGUGUGUCGAAACGCAUCAGGAACUGCUCAGGUUCGUCAGGUUCCUGGACGACGUGAUGAGUCCGUUCGCCAUGAUGCAGUUCGUCGCUGGGACGUUGGCAGUUUGUGUCGUGUUGUUCCAGGCCGCAAAUAAUCAGGACCUGAACACCAACCUGAAGUGCGCCGGAUGGUUGCCGGGGCCAUCGCUCGAGCUCUUCAUCUACUGUGGGGGCGCUCAUGAGGUCGUGCACGAGGGAGAGGCAUUGGUAAUGGCAGCGUAUGACAGCCUGUGGUACACCGUGGGCCCCCGCAUUGGACGGGCCAUCCGGAUGGUGAUAACACGAGCGCAGGUGCCGCCGGUCCUCACCGCUGGACACCUCUACCCCAUCACCAGGCCCACCUUCGUGUCGCUCGUGAACGCAGCCUAUUCGUACUACGCCCUGCUCAGCCAGAUGCAGAACAAGUGAAGGAGCACUGCGAACGCCGGAAGAAGAAACUCAGACUUGUACUGUUUAUGUGUCGCUUUAUAAGAUCUACCACAACGCUUCCUUAUGAGGCUGUAAAUCGUUCGAAUGAAUCUGAGCUUACGCAUGGUGCCUCAUGGCUUGAGUGGACAGCUAGUGGAGACGAUAAACCUCACAAGGCUGCUCAGUGUCUUCUCAGCCAUAGUUUGAAAGUCCAUCGUGCAGGUUAGAGUAGAGACAAGCAGAGACGGUUCACUCUUGUCCUGUUUAUUGACAUUUCUACCUGUAAUGCCGAACCAUUAACCAUUUUUCUCAGUCAGUACAAGUACAGUUACGCGUUAUUUAACCCUGUUACGCCGUUAUAUUACACAUACA